AUGACAUUCACGCGUCUGGAGUUUGGAAGGGCCAUAUAUGCAGUGUCAGUCUUCCCCGUCGUCGUCAUGGUCUGUGUAAUGAUCCUCGUGGCCGUCGUCUCCACGUACAUCGUGGCCUCGGCCUUCUUCACCAGAUUCCCACAGCUCUCGCCCGUGAAUCUCCUCGUCCCAAAUUCCAUCGUGAAGAAGCGGAAGUUCGCUGCGCCGAUCCGCCACAUCAGCCACCGCGGUGGAGCGGCCGAAGCCAUGGAGAACACGAUGGACGCCUUUAAAUAUGCUGCCGGCCUCGGUACUCAGAUGCUCGAACUGGACGUUCACUUAACCAAAGACGGCAAGGUGGUUGUCUUACACGAUCUGAAUCUGCUGCGGGUCGCCGGCGUCGACCGCGACGUCACCCAGACUGACUACGAUGAGCUGCCUGCACUUUUGAAGAAGGUUCCUGUGCAUUUCGCACCUGGGACAACAUUUGAAACUUCUCGGAACCUUCGGAUCCCCCUCCUGGAGGACGUCUUUAAGGCAUUCCCGACCUUGCCAAUCAACAUCGACCCCAAAGACGAAAAUCCUCUCCUGGUGAAGGCCGUGGGAGAACUGAUUGAAAAAUACGAGCGGGCGCACCUCACGGUUUGGGGUAGUCCCAACGAUACCAUCGCUCGCUGGUGUCACGAAACGAACCCAGAAGUCGGAUUGUUGUUUUCCAUGCGGCGGGUGGUCGUCGUGUGUUUUUUGUUUUACUUGGGUCUGCUGCCUUACGUCCCGUUGAAGGAGACUCACUUGGAAGUGCCCUUGCUGAGCAUCUUCCUCGGCGAGGAUUUUCAAGAAGCGUGGGGCAAGCACGCGGGUCGCCAGCUUCUGGUGCGUGCAGCGAAUCUUUUCCUUUUCCGUCGGUCUCUGUAUCGUCACCUGGACAGGCGUGGAAUCCCCACCUACCUCUGGGUUCUCAAUCGGGAGAAGGACUGGAAGGAGGCGUUUGAUAACGGCAUCGAGGGGGUCAUGACCGAUCGGCCUGCAUCGCUCAUGCGCUUCCUCGAGAACAACCGCCUCGUUUAG